AUGUCUAUCCCAUUUCAUUCUUCAUGCUUUUCUAAAGCUCCUAAAUAUGCUCUACAACCUGUUCAUGAAAAUAUUGGAAUUCCUGUAUUCCACAAAACCCCUAAAAUUGUAGAAAUUCCUGAAAUUCGUGAAAUUACAAAAUUUGUAGAGUCUGUAAAGGUAGUCGAUAUACCAAUUGAACAAGUUCGUAUUGUUCCCAAAUUGAAAGUAAGAGAAGUUGAAAAAAUUAGGCAUGUUCCCGGUCCAGUAGAAUAUAUUGACAUACCACAAGAACGUAUAAUACACAAGGUAUACAAAGAGAUAAGAGAAAAAAUUCAUGAAAUACCACAGAUUGAGGAUAUAGAAAUUGAGGUACCCAUAUAUGUUCCUACUCCUAUAGGUCCUCCAAAGAAUAUACAUGUGAAUAUUCCAUUACCUUACAAUGUUCCCAAAUUUUAUUAUACACCUAACAACCGUUAUUCACAUAUAAUACCAUGUGACAUGCCUCCUCAUAGAACACAAAUACCCGAUAUAAACUUUGAGGAAAAAACUUUUAAUGGUUAUUCUGAGGACAAAAAUAUUUGUAUGACACAUGAUGAUAAUAUAAUACAUUCAAAUAGAAGCAUGAAAUAUAAUAAAAAUGAGAAUAAUAUGUUCGAUAAUAAUAACUUUGAUAAUGAUAUAAAUGACAAAAAUAUAUAUGAUAAUAAUAUAUUUGAUAAUACAUCCUAUUAUAACAGUACCAAUGAUAAUAAUAUCUAUGAUGGUAAUACCUAUGGAAAUAAUAUGUAUGAUAAUAUUAGUACAUAUUACGAAGAUCAAGAAAAUAAUAUUCAUUCAAGGGGAAAAGACAAAUAUAUUAAUAAUAAUAAUAAUAAUUAUAAUAAUAAGUAUAUUAACAAUUAUUACAAAAAUACUCCUACUAAAGGUAUAUUAAAAAAUGAAAACAUUUCCACAUCACCUGGGUUACAAGAACAUUAUUAUUAUUCUUAUUCAAAAUGUAAUAGAAAAAAUGAAGGAAGGGCUCACCAUUAUGAUAAAGAUACAUAUGAUGAUAUGAAUACUUGGGAUAAUUAUGCAGAAAAUAUGAAUUAUAUAUAUGAAGAUGAUGAAGAUGAAAAUGAAUAUAAAAAUCGUAAGAAACGUGUAACAGAACUUAUUGUUAAAAGAAAAAAAUAA